AUGCCAUACAACAUCCCCACCAUUGAGGCACAAGAAGGUCCCGCUCUAUUAUACAUCGCGGCGGGUGCCUGGUUCAGUCAGCCUCACGUUGUCACCACGCGCAACAAGACUGAUCCCUGGGACACGCGCUACAAACUCUUUAGAAAUCACGUCGUCAGUCUCAACAAGUUCAUUGGCGAAAACACACCAGAUUAUGACCCUUUUACUGCCCCAAUGGAUCCAUACGACGGUAUCGGCAAUCUAAUCCUGUACGCCCCGCCAGCUGGACCGCGAUAUCUAGGCGAUAACCCUAAUCAGAAGAUAGAUAGAGACCGAAGGGCGGGCGAGGUUGUUGAGAUGCAGCAGUGGCUCUAUCAUAAUGAAGAUAACCUGAGCAUUCCUUUCGUGUGGUUAGUCCCUGACUUGGUCGUGGGUCAAGAUGAAAUCUGGCGCGAUCCCUUAUGCUCAGGCUUUCAUGUCAAGUUCCAUGUGGCCCAGUUAUGGGCCAACAUUCUGUUCAAUAUGCGGUGUAACGCGAAGCUGGACAGGAUGAAGUCUUACCUAUACUCGCGUACUUGCUGUACUGAUUAUGGUAUAUUGUCAGGGGCCUAA